ACAAUGAGUACAUUUGAAGAUUACAAUACCACGUGUAAUGGUUAUGAUGACAAUCGUCAGCCGCUAGGUGCAGAUAUUGUUGCUGGAAUGAUGCAUGUUUACAAUAACAAACCGCUGAAGGAGCUUCAUCUGCUCGAUGCCGGAUGUGGGACCGGUAACUAUACAAAAUCUUUAAUCAAUUAUGGCGUCGGUAAAGUAACGCUAAUGGACGCUUCCACUGGCAUGCUUGAAAGGGCUAAGGUUAAACUGGCUGAUGCUCUAUCUAGGGAUGUUGUUGUUGACACAGUUGAACAUAGGCUUCCAUAUAUGCCAUUUGAUGACGCUACAUUUGAUGCCAUUUUAUUCAGUCAAGUCUUACAUCAUCUUGAUACAAACGACGAUAUAAAUGAAAGCCAGCGCUUCGAACAACUCGGGCACGCUAUUGCUGAAGCUGGCAGGGUAUUGUGUCAGAAUGGAACCAUGUUCAUUAUGGCAUCUACCCCGGAUGAUAUCAUGAACAGUUGGUACAAUCAUCUCAACAUGGAAAUUUCGCGCAAAUAUGUCAAGAAGUUUGCUUCAAUUCAUCAAUUUCUUGACAUCUUCAAACGGACAGGUGUUACUUGUAUUCAGAAAAUGAAAUUGCUAGGCUCCGUUUUGGUAGACUAUGAUAACGCAGAAGGUCCACUGAACAAAACCUGGCGGGACAGUGAUUCUUAUUGGGCAAUGGCAAACGAAAAAGAAAUAAAAGAUGUUGAGCAGAAAAUAAAUGCCUUGAAAAAGGAUGGUAAGCUUAAGGACUUUGUUGAAAAGCACGAUCGCGUACACACCAAUGGCAUUGCUACUUUAUUUGUAUGUAAGAAAAUAUAAGAAAUCCGUACUUGAAUUUGUCCAUGUAUCAUAUAUUUCUGAAAAAAGGCGUUAGAAUAUGCACAAAUUUCUACAUAUGCAAUAAUAAUCAUUUGUUCAUUUUAUGUAAAGAUAGUUUCACUCAUAUAGGACUACGGUUAUUAACCGUUUAUCAGCGAUUUCGAUUGUAUUUUGAAAUGGUUACUUCGAAUGUUCCAUAUGAACCACAACAAAAUAAUUUGACUUUCUUAUAUGGGUGCAAGAAAGACAACCGUGUUUAUACUGCCGUAUGAAUUUGGAUAUGGAAUGGUCUCCCUA